CCGCCAGUAUCAAAGAUGGCGGCGCCCACACGGCAGCUGCUGCGGGUCCGGCCCGGGGUCGGGGUCUGGGCCUUGGGCCGGGGCCGCUCGUUCAGCAGCGCCGCCACCACCACCGGGCCCAGCGCCGCCAGCGUCCGCGACACCUUCCUCCGCUUCUUCACAGAGCAGCAGCAGCACCGGGAGGUCCGGUCGGCCCCGGUGAUACCCCGGGCUGACCCCAGCCUCCUGUUCGUCAAUGCGGGCAUGAACCAGUUCAAGCCCCUGAUCCUGGGCAGUGUUGACCCCCGCAGUGAGAUGGCGGGCUACCGCCGAGUGGUCAACAGCCAGAAAUGCAUGCGCGCCGGCGGCAAACACAACGACCUGGAGGACGUGGGCCGCGACCUCUACCACCACACGUUCUUCGAGAUGCUUGGCAACUGGUCCUUUGGAGACUUCUUCAAGGAAGAGGCUUGCUCCAUGGCCUGGGAGCUGCUGACGGAGAAGUACGGGAUCCCGCCCGACCGACUCUAUGUCACCUACUUUGGGGGGGACCCUGGUGCCGGACUGCCAGCCGACACCGAGACCAGGGACGUCUGGCUCAGCCUGGGGCUCCCCUCGGAAAGGGUGCUGCCCUUCGGACUAGACUGCAACUUCUGGGAGAUGGGGGAGACGGGACCAUGCGGGCCCUGCACCGAGAUCCACUACGACCACGGCGUGGGGAAGGGGGCAGCCUCCCAGGUGAACGCUGGUAACCCCGGGCUGGUGGAGCUCUGGAACCUGGUCUUCAUGCAGUACCACCGGGAGGCAGACUCCAGCCUCCAGCCGCUGCCACGGCACAGCGUGGACACUGGGAUGGGCCUCGAGCGACUGGUGGCCGUUCUGCAAGGGACAACCUCCAACUAUGACACUGACCUCUUCACCCCCCUCCUGGACACCAUACACCAGCGGUCAGGGGCGCGGCGCUACGGUGGGCUGGUGGGAUCGAGCCCGGACGCCUCCCUGGACACGGCGUACCGCGUGCUGGCUGACCACGCACGGGCUCUCACCGUCUGCAUCGCCGACGGGCUGUACCCGGGGAUGUCCGGCGCUCCGCUGGUACUGCGGCGGAUCCUGCGGCGGGCGGUGAGGUUCUCUGCCGAGGUUCUCCGUGCUCCUGCCGGGCUCCUGGCUUCCCUGGUGCCCAGCGUGGCAGAGACUCUGGGAGCUGCCUACCCAGAGCUGAAGCAAGAUAUGAGCCAGAUCAUGGACGUCAUAGAGGAGGGAGAGACGGCCUUCCUCUCCUCACUGGUGCGUGGGCGGCGAGUCAUCGACAGGACUCUGCGAAAGAUGGGCGACCGAGAGAGAUUCCCGGUGGAUGUGGCCUGGUCCCUCCACCGCAGCCUGGGCUUCCCCCUCGACCUGGUUGGUCUGAUGCUGGACGAGAAGGCCGUCACCAUGGACACCGAGGGCCUGGAGCGGUUGGCCAAAGAGGAGGCAGAGCAUUCCCGAGGGGCCGCGAUGGGGGAAGCGGGCGCUGAGCCAGAGUUGGACCCCCACACGCUGAGUGAGCUGCACCGGGCCAGGGUCCCCCCUACGGACGAUUCCCCCAAAUACGCGUACACCCUCGAUGCCCACGGCAAAUACGCGUUUCCCUCGGGCAGGGCCACGGUCCUGGCCCUCAGCCUGGGGCGGAGUCUGGUCCAGGAGGUGGGGCCAGGCCAGCGAGGCUUCGUCAUUCUCGACCGCACCAACUUCUACAGCGAGCAGGGUGGUCAGAGCUGCGACCAGGGCUUCCUGGUGCGAGAGGGUCAGCAGGAUGUGGUGCUGCCGGUGCUGGAUGUGAGGGGGGCCGGGGGCUUCGUGGUCCACCGGGUGCUGGUGCCGGAGUGUCUGCAGGUCGGGGACAGGCUGGAACUCUUCGUGGACCAGGCCCAGCGACUCAGCUGCAUGGUGAAGCAUACGGCCACACACCUGCUGAUGGCCGCUCUGUGCCGGGUGCUGGGGCCGCGCACGCAACAGCGGGGCUCACACGUGGCCGCUCAACGACUGCGGCUGGACGUCAGCGUCAAGGGUCCGCUCACAGACGGCCAGCUGGCGGAGCUGGACGCCGCGGUGCAGGCUCUGAUCGGGAGGGACGAGGAGGUCCACACGGCCGAGCUGCCGCUACACCAGGCCCUGCAGAUCACGGGGCUACGCAAGACCAACGAGGUAUACCUUGAUCCUGUACGAGUGAUCUCCAUCGGUGCCCCUGUGAAGCAGCCGCACUCUUCAGACGGCACCCAGCACACCUCUGUGGAGCUCUGCUGUGGGACCCAUUUGCUGAGGACGGGCCUGAUCCAGGACCUGGUGAUAGUGUCCGAGCGGCAGCUGGCGAAGGGAAUCAGCCGACUGAUCGCCGUGACAGGACAGGACGCCAAGCAGGCCCGGGCCAUGGGGAGUGCGCUGUGUGAGGAGGUGGACUCGCUGGGUGAGCGCAGCCAGGCUGCCCCGGCGUCGUUGCCGGUGGCCCAGCGGCAAGCCAAGGACAUCGGCCGGCUCACCGACGUGGUUGAUGGGGCGACGGUCCCGCAGAGAGAGCGGCGGCAACUCCAGCAGCGUCUCCGCGCCCUGCAGCGAGUGGCCAACACACGCGUCCGCAGGCUGGAGGACCAGGCGGCAGCUGUCGAGCUCCGUGUGGUCCUGGCGCAGUCACCGGACCAGAUGUUGCUGGUGGACAUGAUCCCUGGUCAGCCUGUCACAGUCCUGGGGAAGAUGGUGAAGCUGCUGUCGGUGGAGAGGCCGCACUGCUCAGUGAUGCUGCUGAGCUCCCAGCCUGGAGGGAAGGUUGUUUGUGUGUGUGGGGUCGCCCAGGAUCUGCGGAACAACCUGUCUGCCGUGGACUGGGCACUCGCCGUCUGUGCAGGGAUGGGCGGGAACGCCGGAGGCUCUGCUCAUAUCGCCAAGGGCAUUGGGAAUAGUUCCAACCUGGAGGAAGUUAUCCAAAUGGCCGUGCAGUACGCCAGAAGCAGAAUGUAAACGUUGGUGCUGUUGGUGAGCAGGCUCUCUCCUUCUCUUGCCGAUGAACAGUCCUGUGACAAGUGCCUGGUUAUGCUGUUCAGAUGGGAGCCAUCGUGUUGAACUGCACCCUCUGUGACUCUCUGGUCAAGGGAUUCUGCAACAGCUCUAGCUCCUGCACCACUUGGAGGGCUGUGGGACAGUGAUCGGGCCGGGUCCUGUGUGUCAGUGAGUUUCCUGGGCCCUGGGCUUCUUGUGGGUCAGUCUGUGGUGCACGAAGCGCUCCUGCUCAAAGGCACGGCCACGAGUUCGCCAGAUGGGAUGCAGAGUCCUGAGGGGUGUCAUUGCUGAUUGAACCCAGUCGGGUCUAGAUGAGUUCUGGAUAUGAGAACAAUGGGACUUUGAUUUGGAGCAUUGAUUGAUAUUGGGGGCUGGCAAUCUCCUGGUGGUAGUUGACCAGCAUCAUUUGAGGGACUGAUCAAGGAUUUGCUCCGAUUGGAACAGGCAAGGCGAGGAUUCUGAUUUAAGAGGCCUUUGGUCAUAAUCCUGUGGCUGGUGGCUCUGCACCCAUGGCUCAUCAACAAAUUACCUGGAAAGUCAGAACCUGUGUGCUCAUACUCCACCGACUCAUUAUUUGGGUAAAGUAACCCAGCCUCUGCUGCCUGCUCACCUCCUGACCCACCCCUGUUGUCAGGUAGAUGAGUAAUCCUCCUCGCUGCAACAGCCAGCAUUCACGUCCAUUGCUGCCUCUCCCCCACUGGUCUGCUGAAUGGCAAGUUGGAAUUAUGUUGAGCAUUGGGACAGUGUGGUGUAGGGUGACGGAUGAAUGUGAAGGUUUGUUUUGUACUAAUUAAAGGUUUUUUUUGCAGGA